AUGGUAAUGGAUUCUUCCUUUUUCCUUGCAACGGUUACUGCUACUGCAAUAGGCUUCUUCACGCUUUUUAGAAAGUUUAAAAUCCAUCAAGAAAAAAAAGAUGCGGGUUCUUCUUCUACAUCUCCCCCAUCUGCUUCAUCGUCUUCUACAUCUCCUCUACCUGUUUUGUCCUCUUCAACAUCACCUCCAUCUGCUUUGUCUUCUUCAACAUCUCAUCCAUCUGCGUUGUCUUCUUCAACAUCUCCUUCAUCUUCUUUGUCUUGCAACUGGACUCACCAUGUCUUUGCGAGCUUCCGUGGGGAAGACAUUCGCAGAAACUUUCUCAGUCACAUUCAAAAGGAGUUUAAAAGAAAAGGAAUCACUCAUUUCAUCGAUAAUGGGAUCAGGAGAGGAGAAUCCAUUGGUCCCGAACUCAUUAAGGCCAUUAGAGGAUCUAAGAUCGCGGUUGUCUUGCUUUCAAGAAAUUAUGCUUCUUCAAAGUGGUGUCUUGACGAAUUAGUGGAGAUUAUGGAGUGCAAGCAAAAGUAUGGUCUAACAGUGUUUGUCAUUUUCUAUGAAGUUGAUCCAUCCCAUGUUAAGAAGCUGACCGGAGAAUUUGGAGAUGUCUUUGAGAAAACUUGUAAGGGUAGAACAAAGGAGGACAUUAGGAGAUGGAGAGAAGCUUUUAAGGAAGUGGCUACAAUUGCUGGUUACGAUUCAAGAAAAUGGGAAACUGAAGCUGCCAUGAUUGAAGAAAUAGUCAUUGAAAUUUUCAAAAGAUUGUUUAGUUACACACCAUCAAGUGAUCUCAAUGGUUUAAUUGGGAUGGGGGCUCAUAUGGAAAAUAUGAAGCAAUUGCUUUGCCUGGGUUCAACAGAUGAAAAGAGGGUGGUUGGGAUUUCAGGUCCUUCUGGUAUUGGUAAGAGCACCAUUGCUAGAGUUCUAUAUAAUCAAAUCUCUAAUCAUUUUGAACUGAAUGUUUUCAUGAAAUUCGAACCAAGUUAUCCAAGCCCAAUUUCUUCGGAUGAUCACGAUGUUAAGUUGCAAUUAGAGCAGCAGUUUCUCUCUCAAUUAACUAACCAAAAGGAUAUCAAGAUUCAUCAUUUAGGAACUGCAGAAAACUUUGUGAUGGGCAAGAAAGUGCUUAUUGUUCUUGAUGGGGUGGAUCAAUUAGUACAAUUACUUGCCAUGCCAAAAGCGGUAUGCCUCGGUCCUGGAUCUUGUAUUAUCAUCACAACACAAAACCAAAAACUUUUGGAGGCAUUUAAGAUCAACUCUAUCUAUAACGUGAAUCUUCCACCACAUGUUGAGGCUCUUCAAAUAUUCUGCAUGAAUGCUUUUGAUCAAGAUUCCCCUUAUGAUGGUUUCGAGAGGCUUGCUUGGGAAGUGACAGGACUUGCUGGUAGGCUCCCUUUAGGACUUAGGGUUAUGGGUUCUCAUUUUCGAGGAAUGUCCAAGAAAGAGUGGAAAGCAGAACUACCAAGGUUAAGGGUUCGCCUUGAUGGAAAAAUUCAUAGUACUUUAAAGUUUAGUUACGAUGCCUUAAACGAAGAAGACAAAGAUUUAUUUCUCCAUAUAGCCUGCUUUUUCAACGAAACCAAAGAAGGCAUUGAUCAUACUUUUGAAGAUACUCUUCGACACAAUUUCUCGAACGUGCAUCAAGGGCUUCAAGUAUUAAUUCAGAGAUCUCUUAUAUCCAAGAAGACACAUCAACCGAUGCAAACUCUACUUGUUCAACUGGGUAGAGAAAUUGUUCGUAACAAAUCCAUUUAUAAGCCUGGGAAACGUCGGUUUUUGGUUGAUGCUGAUGAGAUUUGUGAAGUAUUCACUGAUCAUACGGGUAGUAAAAGUGUUAUAGGCAUAAAUUUGAACUUUUCUGUGGAGGUGGCCGACAAAUUAAUACUAAGUGAGAGAGCUUUCGAAGAAAUGCCUAAUCUUGAACUUUUUAGAUUCGGUACUGGCGUUGACGGAAUAUUACACUUACCACAAGGUCUUAACUAUCUACCUCCAAAACUCAGAAUUCUAGAUUGGGACUAUUCGCCAAUGACAUGUUUUCCUUCUAAAUUUAAUCCGAAGUUUCUUGUCAAGAUAAUAUUGAGAAACAGCAAGCUCGGGAAACUAUGGGAAGGAAUUCAACCGCUCAUCAAUCUCAAAGUGCUGAGUUUAGGAUGUUCAAGAAAUUUGAAGAAGCUUCCUAAUCUCUCAAGGGCCACUAAUCUCCUAACACUGAAUCUUGCUAGUUGCUCAAGUUUGAUAGAACUUCCUUCCUCGAUUGGAAAUGCUACUAAUAUCCAGGGCUUAGGUUUAUCAGGUUGCUCAAGUUUGAUAGAACUUCCUUCCUCUAUUGGAAAUGCUACUAAUAUCCAGAGCUUAGAUUUAUCAGGUUGCUCAAGCCUAGUGAAACUUCCCUCAUCUAUUGGUAAUAUCACAAACCUCCAGAAAUUAAAUCUCUGCGGAUGCUCAAGUCUAGUUGAGCUUCCCUCAUCUAUUGGAAAUCUUAUCAAUCUCCUAGAAUUAGAUAUUUCUAUAUGCUCAAGCUUACUGGAGUUUCCCUCAUCUUUUGGAAAUAUCGUUAAUCUCUCGAAAUUGGAUAUUAGUGAAUGCUCAAGCUUACUAAAGCUUCCCUCCUCUAUUGGAAAUAUCAUCAAUCUCCAUGAUUUGGAGAUCUAUGAAUGCUCAAGCCUAGUGGAGCUUUCCUCUUCUAUUGGAAAUAUCACUAAUCUUCAGGGAUUGAGUUUACGUGGUUGCUCAAGCCUAGUGCAGCUUCCCUCCUCUAUUGGAAAUCUUGUUAAUCUCCAAUAUUUGAAUCUCAAAGAAUGCUCAAGCCUAGUGGAAUUGCCCUCCUCUAUUGGAAAUAUCGUUAAUCUCCAAUACUUAGAUCUCAAUGGUUGCUCUAGCCUAGUGGAGCUUCCUUCGUCUAUUGGAAAUAUCGUUAAUUUUUAUAUAAAUCUCACUGGAUGCUCAAGCUUAGUGGAGAUUCCCGCAUUUAUUAGUACUAUCAUGAAAAACCAGAAAUUGUAUCUUUGUGGAUGCUCAAGUAUAGUGGAGCUUCCCUCCUCUAUUGGAAAUAUGGUCAAUCUCCAGACAUUGGAUCUUGGUGAAUGCUUUAGCAUAGUACAGCUUCCUUCAUCUAUUGGAAAUAUCAUUAAUCUUCGGAAAUUGAAUCUCCGUAAAUGCUCAAGCCUACUAGAGCUUCCCUCCUCUAUUGGAAAUAUUGUUAAUCUCCGGAAAUUGAUUCUAAGUGAAUGCUCAAGCCUAGUAGAGCUUCCCUCGUCUAUUGGAGAUAUUGUUAAUCUUGAGAAACUGGAUCUCCGUGGAUGCUCAAGCCUAGUGGAUCUUCCCUCAUCUAUUGGUAAUAUCGUUAAUCUCCAGAAUUUGUAUCUCAGUGGAAGUUCAAGCUUAGUGGAGCUUCCCUCCUCUAUUGGAAAUAUCACCAGUCUCCAAGAAUUGGAACUCAGUGAUUGCUUAGUAGAGAUACCAUGUUUUAUUGGAAACCUCCGUAUGUUGAAGAAGUUGAGUUUACGAGGAUGCUCAAAGGUAGAGGUUCUUCCAAUCAACAUCAUCUUGGAUUCUCUAGAAGAACUUGAUGUUACGGGUUGCUCGCAAUUUACAUAUGUUCCUGCAUGGAUCAAUGGAAUGUCUCAUUUACGUCGACUUGUACUAAAAAAAUGCAUGAAGCUCGUAUCACUCCCGCAGCUUCCAUGUUCUCUAUCAAUUUUAGAUGCGGAAAACUGUGAGUCUUUGGAGACACUUACUUGCUCCUUUCCCAAUCCCGAAGUUUGUCUAAGAUUUAUUGACUGCUGGAAACUGAAGGAAAAUGGGAGAGAUAUUAUUAUCCAGACAUCGACAAGUCAAUUCGCAAUCUUUCCAUGUAGAGAAAUGCCUGCGUUCUUCACUUACCGAGCUACUACUGGAAGUUCUCUGGUCGUGAAGUUUAAUCCAAGGCGUAUUCCUAUACAUUUGAGAUUUAAGGCUUGCCUCUUACUGAUUAAUAAGGGUGAUAAAUCUGAUUACAAGGAAGUGUUGCCGAUAAGGGUUAAUAUCGUAGACAUACAAAGAGGCUCCGGGUAUCACUUAGUUGGCCAACAUCUAAGUCCACUUUUAACGGAGCAUCUGUACACAUUCGAAGUUGAAGUAAGAAAUGUGGAUCACCAAUUCAGAUAUGACUUUAGAAGUGUGGAAUGCAUGGAGAUUUUAUUUAAGUUUGAAGUCGACAAUGACAGAUGGAAGAUACGUGAAUGCGGGAUACGCCCACUCUUGGAAGAGGACACUUAUGUUGAACGUUCUAUAGAAUGA